UAUGGUUAUAAGCUGAAAGCGGUUUUGACAACUUCCAUCCAUAAUAGAUAUUAGAGUCUUUCUUUCAAUUAUUUCUUGACUAUUUUGAAAUAUGCCAAGACCAACUUCAGCUCAAUCGGAACAAGAAGAUAAUACUGAUUUAUUACUACUUGAAGAAUAUGAAAGAUUACACAAUCAAUUAAGAAUAUUACAAAAUGAACGUCAAAAACAAAAUGAAGAAUUUACCGUUAAAUUAGAAAAACAAAAGUAAUUUUAUUAUAAAUUCUUUGUAGUAAUACUAAAUAUAUAUUUCAAUAAAAUCUAGGAAAGCUAAAGAAAUGUUAGAAAAAGAAAAUGAAGAAAUAAAAUGCCUUUUAACACUUGUCGAUAGUACUCAUAAUAGGAAACAGGAUAUGAAAUGCAUUGAACAAUUAAAACAAAUUUUACAAGAACAAGAUAAUUUACAAUUACAAAUUGAUGAAUUAAAAACUUAUAGAAAACGAUUAGAUAAUGAAACACGUAAAAUUGAAAAAUUGAUUCAAGAGAAACAACAAAUUCGUACAAUACAAGCAAGAAAAGAAACUGAGACAACUGAACUGAAAAUACAAAUUGAAAAAAAACUUCUUGUUAUGGAGAAUAAUCUAUAUGAAAAAAAUAUGAAAUUCUGUGAAACUUUAGCAUAUAAUAAUAAAAUUCGUCAUGAAAUAGAAUGUGCACGAAAUGAACGAAAUAUUUACUAUUCAAUACAUCAAAAGUUGAAGGAUAAAUUAAUUCACUUAAACAAAAUGAAAACAAAAUUAAUUCAACAAGCAAGUAUCAUAUAUGAUCAAAGAACCGAUGCAAAAAAUAAAAGUAAUGCAUUAAAAGAAAAAAAUGAUAAGGAUAUUGCUGCAUUUGAAACUGAAAUAAAAGAUCUACAAAGAAUUAUUGAUCAUAAUGAUCAAUUAAGAAAGUUUAUGAUGACUAAAUCAGAUGAACGUAGUGAAUGGAAACAGAAAGCAGAGAAUCGAAGAAGAAAAUAUGGUUCUACUGGUGAAAUAGCACGACAACAAAGAAGUCAAAAAAUUCAAGAAUAUGAGUCAACAAUGAAUCAGUUACAGUCAAUUACUGAAAAAUCUGAUGUUGAUCAAAUGACUAGAUAUUAUAAACGUAACGAAGAUGACAACUUUACACUUUUUAAAUAUGUUACAGAAUUAAAUAAUCAGAUUGAAUGCUUAAACGAUAACAUAACAAAUAUAGAGAAAAAUAUGAAGGAAUAUCGUGAGAAGCAAAAAGAAGUUGAGAAACAAAGAAAUGAAAAAAUAACUGAAUUAAAAGCGCAAAUACAUUUGGAUAAAGAAAUGGCCGAUUCAGCUCAAAAUCGUGCAACACAUAUACAUACAUUAUUGGACCAAAUUAAAACAGAGAUUAAACAGUUAGCUGUGAAACUUGGCUGUGAUCUUUCUCGAAUAAUUGAAAUGCUUGGUGGUGAUGGGAUCAGAUAACAGAAAGAAAUUUAAUGCUUUAUCUUAGUGCAUUAGAACAGAAAGUCGAUGAAUUAUUAUCGGUUAAAUGUUAUACUCAUAGCAAAGAACAUGGUGAUGAGAUAAAUGAAGACGAUUUGAAAAUAAUCAUGGCACCUAGUUUCACAGGAACGUUAAAAACUAACAGAGAUUUAUCAAUUACAUUACCUUCUUUAAUGGACGAAGAUGACACUAAUGACGAUGAUACACCUGUGUCAAUUCGUCCAUUAUCACAGGCUGAAAUUAUCAGUCGUGUUACACGCCAGUUACAGAAGUUAGAAGCAAAGCAUGAAUCAUCUAUUCCUACAAACAAGUGUAUAGUCGAGUGUCAUCACCCAACCGACGAUUGAAAAUUCGCGCAUAGAUAGGUGACGGUGUUUUCACUUUUCUUUCAAAACGUGAGAUUAUAAUACGAAUCUCCAUUUUAACCCCUUUAUUGAAGAGAAUACUUUAUACAGUAUCAUGCUUGUAUAUGAUAAUCUUGUUAUAAUUUAUAUUUAAUACAUUAGAAACCAAUCAAACAAUACAUUUUUAGAUUAUUU